AAGCCCAGUAUUCAUCAAUAUCAAUGAAGCUAGGUGCACUUGCAUUAUAUCACAUGGUGUAUCUCUCGAAGCCACUCAUUAGCGUAACAGGCUUUGGUGACAAAGGAGGAGGGGACAAUGAUAAAUCACGAGCCGUUGCUCUGCAAAAUUUCUAUCAGCACCAAAAAUCUACACAAAAAACAUCGUUAGAUAAAAUCGAGACUUAG